AUGCCAUUUCGGGUGCUCUGUCUCCAUGGAAUGGGCACCAAUGCGGCCAUACUUCGAGCCCAGCUGCAGCCAAUUCUGGAUCUACUUUCCGCUACAGAAUGUGAAUUUAUCUUUCCCGAUGCUCCCUGGACUUGUGACCCUUUCCCCGGAGUAGCCAAUAUCUACGAUGGCCCAUACCUUGCUUGGAUCCGCACCCCGUCCACCGAGCAAGUGGCAUAUGCCCACGCAUACCUGCAGAAGUAUCUCUUGGAUCCUAUUGAUCUUGUCAUUGGAUUCAGCCAGGGGGCAGCACUCGCAGCUUCUUUAAUGCUGCAUACCGAGCUCGCUGGACAGCCACCACUUUUUAAAGCGGCUAUGCUGAUUUGCUCCACGCUACCAUCCACCUAUUCUCCGGAAUAUGGAAUUGAUGUUCGGGAUUACUUUGGGAUUACUGGGCCCCCGACGAAGCGACCAAACGUGUUGCCGGAUGAAGCGCUCGUUGUCCGACACGAUUACUUCAUACGGACGGAAAAGAUUCGUGAUCCCGAUCAACCUGUUUAUUACAAUCUCUUUCACGCCGAUGUGGACACAGUCCGUAUCAGAACUCCAACGGCACACAUCUAUGGGCGCCGCGAUAUCUUGUGGCGCCAGCAGAGUCUUGCUAUGAUCCAGUUGUGUGGGGGAAAGGUCUAUCGUUUCGAGCAUAGUGGUGGGCAUGAGGUUCCGCGCAGUGCAGCGGAAGAAAUGUGUGAUCUUAUAGAAGAACUAGUUCUUGCGGGGAGAGAAGGAUGA